GGGAGUACCGCGGGCACCGCCGUCGCCAUGGUCUCGGUAAUUAACACCGUGGACACCUCUCACGAGGACAUGAUACAUGAUGCCCAGAUGGAUUACUAUGGCACCAGGCUGGCCACCUGCUCCUCUGACAGGUCCCUCAAGAUCUUCGACGUGCGCAACGGUGGCCAGAUCCUCAUCGCUGACCUGAGAGGGCACGAAGGUCCUGUGUGGCAGGUGGCCUGGGCUCAUCCCAUGUACGGCAACAUCCUGGCCUCCUGCUCCUACGACAGGAAGGUCAUCAUCUGGAAGGAGGAAAACGGCACCUGGGAGAAGACCUAUGAGUACACAGGGCAUGACUCCUCAGUGAACUCUGUCUGCUGGGCACCACACGACUAUGGACUGAUCCUGGCCUGCGGCAGCUCCGACGGAGCCAUUUCCUUGCUGAGCUACACAGGAGAUGGGCAGUGGGAAGUCAAAAAGAUCAGCAACGCUCACACUAUUGGAUGCAAUGCAGUCAGCUGGGCUCCUGCUGUGGUCCCAGGAAGCCUCAUAGAGCAACCAUCUGGUCAGAAACCAAACUACAUCAAGAGGUUUGCAUCUGGGGGCUGUGACAACCUCAUCAAGAUCUGGAAGGAAGAAGAUGGGCAAUGGAAGGAGGAGCAGAAGCUGGAGGCUCACAGUGACUGGGUUCGGGAUGUGGCCUGGGCUCCAUCCAUAGGGCUGCCCACAAGCACCAUUGCCAGCUGCUCACAGGAUGGCAGAGUGUUCAUCUGGAGCUGUGACGAUGCCUCUGGCAACUCCUGGUCCCCAAAGCUGCUGCACAAGUUCAACGAUGUGGUCUGGCACGUGAGCUGGUCCAUCACUGCCAACAUCCUUGCAGUGUCUGGAGGAGACAACAAAGUCACGCUGUGGAAGGAGUCGGUGGAUGGACUGUGGGCCUGCAUCAGCGACGUCAACAAAGGGCAGGGUGGGGUCUCAGCCACCGCAGAGGGGCAGCAGAACGAGCAGUGACCCCCUGCAGGGCCCCACUGCCCCCGCAGGGCCCCGCAGCACGGCCCUGCUGCUGCUGCUCCUCACCUGCCCUGUUCCUGACCAACCAGAACUGACUGCAGCUCAACUGGGCAGCAGGGAGCCGGUUCUGUCAGCAUUCUGUAACCCUUCCUGGGAGGCUCCAGCCUUGAUUGACAUUCCCUGAAACUGAAGGUAAAGAGCAGAGCAAAGCACUGUGCCUUGGGCUACUCCUGCUCCCGUGGGGUAGGGCUCAGAUCCAGUCGGUGGUGCUGUGGUCAGACAUGCAGCACCUGGGCAAGAACAGGAGGAGGCUGUCAAAGUGAUGAGCUGUGACCUCCUGUGUGCCAGGAGACAUAGGAGUGAGCUGGCUCACAGCAGAGAGCUGCUGCCCAGAGGAAGCUGACUGCCUACAAAACUCAGUUGAUGGUGGCAGACUGGGCUGGCAGUCACAGGGCUGCCUGCACCCUCAAGCAGUCACUAGAAUCACCGAAAUCUGGGAGGGAGGUUAAAGGGCCUGAAGUAAUCAGUGGUAGAAAUCUGGAGUUGCUCCUUGCUCUGAGUCCUUAGAUGAAGGCCUCUGAGGAGGUGAAAACAGCCUUCAGAGGCCAGAGGUGUGGAGGGAGGGAAGGGCAGGUGGGAGCCUUGGCAGCGGAUGGCAGCGUGGAGCUGGCCCUGCAGGGGCACCGAGGUGGUGAUUUGGUUGUCCUGGAAGUGAUGUUCUUGGCCAGCUGACAGCCUCUGUACCUCCUGAGGCUGGCCAGAAGUGGUGCAAUGCAUAGGUCCUUUGCUCUGCAGUUGUGCUGGUUCUUUAACCAGAGCAGCAAAUCAAACCCUAACCUGGAGAGGUUUUUAGCCAUGCUUCUGUACCUCAGGAGUCUUUUGUUGAGUACCAACAGAAUAAAGUCUAUUGG